AUGUCUUCAUCUGUUGGGGACCCUCCGCUCGUAGCAAAGAACGACGGUCCCACUAAGAUGGCGGAUAUGAGCGACGAUGAAGCUAGUCUACUGUCCUUGAGCAGCCUUUCCCUUGAUGAGACUUUUGAAAGCGAGCACUAUGGUCGGAUCACUAGCAUAACGUAUCAAUCUUUCAAUGCUAACUACUUGACAGUCGAACAUGAUCUUUCGAUACCCGUUGAUGAAGAGACGUCCACAGUUGCUCCUCCUUGCACCCCUAAGACUAGCCCUCCCCGCAAGGACGAUUACUCCCCGUACAAGGAUUCCAGCCAUCCGAGUAAACGCCGUAAGACCAACCUCUUUUGGGAGCUGCACCCUACAUCGAUACCGAUUCGGAAGCAGUCUUCCCUCAUUCCUACUAGUAUCCUCAAUUCUGGCUCCAAGCGCAAGGCCGAAGAUGAAUCCCCGUGCGAAGAGCUCAGCCGUCCCGCCAAACGCCGCAGGGUCAACGUCCCCUGCGAGCCGCACCCUAAAUCCACUCCCAUUCUAAAGCGGUCUGCGCCUAUUCCUACUAUUUCCGUCGCCGGUUUCAAGCGCAAGGCAGACGAUGACUUCUCCUGCGAUGAUUCCAGCCGUCACAUCAAACGCCAGAGGAUCAACUUCCUCUGGGAGCUCAGUGACAGAUCUACACCGAUUCGAAAGCAGUCUGCAGUUCUCCCUACUAUUCCCAUCGCCGGUGUUAAGCGCAAGGAUGGCUUCUCGUAUGAUGAUUCCAGUCGUCUUAUCAAACGCCAGAGGAUCAACUUCCUCUGGGGGCUCAGUGAAAGAUCUACACAGAUUCCGAGGCAGUCUGCAGUUUUCCCUACUCUUCCCAUCGCCGGUGUUAAGCGCAAAGAUGGCUUCUCGUGCGAUGAUUCCACCCGUCUCAUCAAACGCCAGAGAAUCAACUUCCUCUGGGAGCUCAGUGAAAGAUCUACACCGAUUCUGAACCAGUCUGCAGUUUUCCCUACUCUCCCCGUCGCCGGUAUUAAGCGCAAGGCCAAUGAUGACUUCCCAUGCGGUGAUUCCAGCCGUCUUAUCAAACGCCAGAAGAUCAAUUUCCUCUGGGCGCUCAGCAAUAGAUUGAUACCGAUUCGGAAGCAGUCUACGGCUUUCCCUACUAGUACCGUCGCUGGAGUUAAGCGCAAGGCCGAUGAUGACUUCCCGUUCGAUGAUUCCAGCCGUCUCAUCAAACGCCACAGGAUUAACUUUCUCUGGGAGCUCAGCGACAGAUCUAUACCAAUUUGGAGGCAGUCUACGGUUUUCCCUACUAGUAUCGUCACCGGUGUUAAGCGGAAGGCCAAAGAUGACUCCCCAUGUGACGGUGCCGGCCGUAUCCUGAAGCGCCGAAAGAUCAACUUUUUCUUCGAACUACGUGCUAGGACUCCCCCAAAGAAGAGGCGGGCUUUGGUCAUCAUCAAAAUUCCGAAAGCACUUGACUUUGGCUACUUCAAGUAG